AUGGUUGCUGGACACGGAGGAUGGUCACCCGAGCCGCUGUUCAGCGUCAGACCGCAGCGGAGAGAAGCCAUGAAGAGCAUCUUCUCAGUGUUCCUGCUUCUCACCUCAGCAGGGAGUGUCUAUGGCCAGGUUAAACAGCGGCAUGAACGUGUGGGACAGAGCGUGGAGUUCCCAACCGAAGUGAAGAACAGCGGGAAUGUGAUGUACCGCGGUAAGGUAAUUGCACACGUGAUCAGCGGUGCAAGAAGACCACUCUCUAACGAGUACAAUAACAGACUGCAGUGGGACAACCGCACUGGAUUAUUCUCCCUCUCCGGGCUCAAGAUGGAGGACGAAGGACUGUAUAAAGUUGUGAGAAACGAUGGGACUCAGUCUGUAGAGGAGAAAUACCAGCUGACGGUGUACGUUCCUGUAUCAAAACCCCAUAUUACCAUCACUCAUAAUGAAUACCCCUGCACUCUACUGUGCACUGUGGAGAGAGGGACAGACGCGACCCUGACCUGGUACAGAGAGGGAGAGGAGAACUAUGGGAGCUCCCCUGUUCACAGUGCCCCACACCUGUAUCUACCUCAGACUGUGGAGUGGAGCGGUACCUACACCUGUGAGGCGAAGAACUCUGUCAGUACUGAGAGAUCAGAACCACUGACUGUGGGAGACCACUGCACAGGGAUCAACACGUGGGGAAUUGUUGCCAGUGUUCUUGCUGCGGUUCUCCUCAUCGCUCUCAUUGCAGUUGUCAUUUAUUUCCAGUGCUGUGAGCAGAAACAGGGACAGACUGUGCCAGACACUGAAGAAGUGCAAGAAGAACCCUGGUGGACGUUUUGGAGCUGGUUCUGAUGGUGGUGGUUUUAAACCAGGCCCCUGAACUCCAUGCACUUGCCCUAAGAGGCACUUUGAAUAAUUGACAAUCUACCUUGAAUGUCUGUGUACAGAAGAUGAAAGCAUGGCUUUAAAGCACGGCUUUCCGUCCUCAGCUUCUUGCUGACUGGCACAGGACAGUGAAAAUACAUUGCUCCUUGAUAAUCCCAGACAGUAACGUCUCUCCUAUAACUUUGCCUCCAGUUUUAUGUCAAACCAUUUUAGUUUUUCCUGUUCCCCUGUUCCACAUUGUUCACUGUUUUUACUCCAGUGCUAUGUGGCACAUGUAGUUUAUAUCGUCGAUUUAAACAAACAUAGAUUCAUUACCAAUGUUUAGUUUGGAUGAAAUGAAGGAAGCCUGCACACUGAUAUGCGCCUUACACACCUUUAUUGUAGACAAUGUUUCGAUCCCAGUGGAUCUUCAUCAGUUUGGGCACAUCGCUUUAUGUUUCUCCACCAGGACAAUCAGCUUUCCUUGUUCAUCGUUGAACAGAAUAAACAACGGACAGUAACGGCGAGUUCAAAUUCAAGUUUAUUAUAAGAAAACAUCAUGGCAUAGAUGUUAAGUACUAAAUAAGUUUUCAUAUAUAUUUUCAUGUUCACAAAGACAAGUUACAAAGUUUCUGUCGCACACACAGUCAUAUAAUGAUUUUUAAAAAUCAGAUCAUGGGUAAGCUUCAUGAAAAAAGAUUAUGGUUUUUUCGAAGGUAUUUUAGGGGCGGCAGUAUAUGCUAAUUACACAUUUUGUGCACACGCCUUUUAUUUACGAUUGAUUGGUAUUUAUUAACAUACACACACGGAUACAAAAGCUGUGUCUACACCUGUUUCAUGAAUCCGGUGCAAAUGUUUUAUUCGUUUCAGAUCACACAUGCAUUUGCACAAGGAUUUCCAAAAAUAUUGAUAAAUGAGGCCAGUUGUGGUAUGUAUAAAUACCCCUAAUCUCUCUGACAUUUUUUGACUGAUCCUUUUGUCCUCAUGUGACUAUAAAAAGUUUUCUAUGGUUGAUGCUAAAACAAUAAAGCUCUGUGCUCAAAUAA